CUUGAGUCUGCAGGCCGACGCUCUAUCCGCUGAGCCAAACCGGUUAGGGCCCGAGGAAGUGUUUUAAGCUGGGAGUUCCUUGGUCAGAUUUCUACUUUAGAAAACCGGUGUUGUGAGGAGGAUGGAUUUGCCUGGGGACGCAGGGGGAGAUGCUCAGGAGGUCCUGUGGCAUGGGGACUGACGACUGGGAGGGAGGGUAGAGAGCCCGGGUUCUAGAUGGUUCCGGAAGAGGAGCACAUCGGGAGACGCUGGAGGCCAGUUUCGUGUGGCACUCAUGCUGCCCCCAGCGGGCGAGGAGGCUGCCGCACCCAGGGCUGGCGUUUAGGAGAGAGGCUGAGGCACAGGUGUGGAGAGUUAGGCCAUCCCUACCUAACCCCAGGUGUGCCCUGCGCUGCCCCAGAUGGCCCUGCCCCGCACCGUGACCCCAGAGAUGCGAGCACUAGUGGUGGACUGGCUGGUCCAGGUGCACGAGUACCUGGGCCUGGCGGGGGACACACUCUACCUGGCUGUGCACCUGCUCGAUUCCUACCUGCGCUGCAGCCGGGUGCGCCUACACCGCCUGCAGCUGCUGGGCAUGGCCUGCCUGUUCGUGGCGUGCAAAAUGGAAGAGUGCGUGCUUCCCGAGCCGGCCUCCCUCUGCCUCCUGGGCGCUGGCUCCUUCUCCCAGGCCGAGCUUCUGCGAGCCGAGCGCCGCAUCCUGAGCCGCUUGGAUUUCCGACUGCACCACCCGGGUCCACUCCUCUGCCUGGAGCUACUGGCUGCUCUGGCAGGGAGCAACCCCCAGGUGAUGCUCCUCGCCGCCUACUUCCUGGAACUGUCUCUACUGGAGGUCGAGGCCGCUGGGUGGGAGCCCAGUCGCUGCGCAGCGGCGCCGGCACUUUACAGCCCCGCGGAGUUGGGCCUGCUGGAGCCGUGCAUGGCCCGCGCGGUGCUCCGAGGCCCCGCACCCGGCCGUGCUGCCAUCUUCCUCAAGUAUGCGAGGCCCCAGCGUCGGGGCACCAGCCUCUUCGCCGCCCGCCUGCUCCGCUGUCCCCAGCCGGGGCCCCCCUGA